AUGUCUAAACUCAUCACUGUAUUCGGCGCCACCGGCAACCAGGGCGGGUCCGUCAUCGACCACAUCCUACGUGAUGCUCAGCUUUCCAAAGAGUACAAAAUUCGCGGCAUUACUCGCGACACGUCCAAGCCGGCUGCCAAGGCACUGGAGAAGCGAGGGGUCGAGGUUGUCUCGGCCGAUCUGAACUCGACGGAUUCUCUCCUGAAAGCUCUGGCAGGGUCUUAUGCCGUGUUUCUCGUUACAAACUACUGGGAAAAGGCCGAUGGCAACCUCGAGUACUCGCAGGGCAAAAACGUCACCGAUGUUGCCAAAAUUUGCGAUGUUUCGUAUUUGAUCUUUUCCUCUCUCCUACAUGUCACCGAGGAGUCAAACGGCCGACUGAAGCACGUGCCGCAUUUCGACAGCAAGGCAAACGUUGAAAAGUAUAUCAAGUCGUCGGGGAUCAAGUGUGCAUUUGUCCUGCCAGGAUUUUACAUGCAGAACCUCACGACCAUGAUUCGCAAGGGCGAUGACGGGGCAUAUCAACUGGUUUUUCCUGUCGACGGUAACAAAGCCAAGUUUCCUCUCUUUGAUGCUGCCAACGACACUGGACUGUUUGUCAAGGCCGCUUUGAAACACAAAGACACGCUUAAUGGGAAGCGUAUUCUCGCGUCGUGUGACUAUUAUACCAGCGAGCAAAUUGUUGAAACGUUUUCCCAGGUGACUGGCAAAAAGGCGAGGUUCGUCCAGGUCACUGCAGACCAAUUCCGCAAGUCGCUGCCCGAGAAUAUGGCUGAGGAGCUUCUUGAGAACCUGCUAUUUAUUGAAGACCCUGGCUACUUUCUCGGAGCUAGUCUUGAUGAUAGUCUGCGUCUUGUUGAUGAGAAACCUACGAGCUUGGCUGAUUUUGUGAAAACGAAUGCUGCGGCGUGGGAGUAG